CAGGAGCUUUCUUACCAAAAAAAGAUUUGUGGUUUUUGGAGGUGGAUGUCCUCAUGCCCCUGCACUUGUGAUCAAGUCAUGUCUGCCUUUAAGGGUGUGUGGACAAAGGGGUUUUGGCGAGCUGUAUCUGGAGAGUUUUGGGCCAUGUUACUCUUUGUGCUAUUCAGUCUGGGUUCCACUAUCAACUGGACAGCAACCACAAAAAACAGCACUCUUCCUUCUCCCAACCUUGUCCUGAUCUCUCUGUGUUUUGGCUUGUCCAUAGCCACACUCGUGCAGUGCUUUAGCCAAAUCAGCGGCGCUCACAUCAACCCAGCAGUCACGGUGGCCCUGGUGGUUACUCACAAACUGAGCCUAGCAAAGGGCUUUUUCUAUCUGGGAGCACAAUGUCUCGGGGCAAUAGUGGGAUCGGCUAUCUUGUAUGGUGUGACUCCUCCUGCUGUGAGAGGGAACCUUGGGGUCACAUCGGUUAGCACUCAUAUCUCUGCCGGUCACGCCCUGGUGAUUGAACUCUUCAUUACCUUUGAGCUUGUCUUCUCAAUCUUUGCCACCUCCGACCCAAAGCGCACUGACCUGAAGGGCUCAUCAGCGCUAGCUAUCGGCCUGUCAGUCUGCAUCGGCCACCUCUUUGCCAUCCCCUACACUGGUGCCAGUAUGAAUCCUGCUCGCUCGUUUGGCCCUGCAAUCGUCACAGGACACUGGGAAAACCACUGGGUGUACUGGUUGGGUCCAUUAAUCGGAGGUGUCCUGGCAGCAGCCCUAUAUGAAUAUCUGUUCUGUCCUGACCCUGACCUUAAAAGACGCUAUGCUGACAUCAUCUCCUUACCCACUGUGCGGUACCAAGGCAUGGAACCCAGCACUUUCUUCAGUGACCAAGCUCAGCUGAUGUUCAAGCAGCCAGCCAUCACAGUGCUGGAUGUGGAGCAUGCCGAGAGGAAGGAGAGAGAGACAGCCGGAGAGGUGCUGUCCUCUGUAUGACAAUUAAGGUGCACUGAGGGGGACGAACUGAGCUUUAGACAAUACGACACCAGACAGAUCACAUAAACUGAACUAAUAUGAAGGAGUGUGUGCAUGUACGUGUAAGCUCUGA